GCUACGCUACGCCGCCGGGUUUAAGGCCAUGGUGGCAGCUGUUUGUACUUCUGAAAUCCCGGGGAGGUUGUUGUAUCACAUACCGCCUGAGCUUGCGGGCAUCAUGGCCCGGCGGCACGACGAGAGGGGUGACGGGAAGGCGGAGAACAAUGAUUCUGACUGCGAACUGAAGCGUGUCAACGGGUUCUUGCGUCGAUGCGUUCUGGAUACCAGCGGCCCGGGGCCCGGAUCCUCCAUCCCAACCCCAAGAGCACACACCACCAGCACGCUCGGCUUUUUGUUGAGAAGCAUUUCGCCCCACCGUCGUUGUCGUCCCUGGCUGCUGCCCAGUCUCCGGGCUGUUCCCCGUCAUCCGUUGCCUCUUCAGAUAACGCAUUCUCCCCGCGUUCCCUCGCGUGUCAAUCCAAGCUUUCUUUCCGUUAAAUGCCGCACACACACUGCCAUAAUGUCCAGCAACGACCGUAAACCCACACCCAGCGAGGAUUGGAGCGUUAUCUCCAGAGCGGAGGCGAGCGACUUCGUUGACGAGACUCACACUAAGGGGAGAAAACCUCACUUCAAUGAUGACAAUAUCCCAUCGGGUCGUAUCGGUCACGAUGCUGCAACCUCGUUCGAAGAGGAGCUCGACGCCGUUGCCCACACCCAACGGGCCAUGUCCAACGAGGACUCCACCGAGACCGCCGGGACCGAUGACACCCAGAUUCGGGUUGAUGAUGCCGCCGAUCAAGCCUUGUCGAUGCAAGCAACCUCUUCCAACUUUACCCCCAACGCCACAUACCCCUCACAGGCCGUCUCCACCCCUGACAGCUUCACUCUCUCCUUCGCCAACAUGGAGCUCCACCAGGGCAUCUACUCCCACGAUGUCGAGCGCUGGGUGGGCGGUGCUGGUGCUCCCCGUCUCGUCCAGCACCAGGCCCCCGUGAAGAAGGGUUACUCAUCCAGCGUGGCAAGCACCAGGAGCGUUGUUAGCAACAGCAGCUGGACCCACAUGAUGGAACCCAUUUCCAUGCACGAGCAACUGAGGUUUGCUGGAGCUUGGAGCAACGAGGCUCUCGCUCCCUAUGGUGCUCCGCACCCCGCUGGCAAUUAGUCGUCGCUUGCCGUCUAGAAAGGUCGGCCGGUAGACUGGUUGGUCUCGCAUGCUCGACAAACAUCCCUCUCAAGACUUAACCAUCAACUUCUGUCGUCGAGUACCAUCACUGCCCUUCGCGCUCUGUCGCUUUCCAACCCGACCUCUCACUUGUCAAGCCGCCUUGUCGACCGAAGAGUCAGUCGCCCUCGUUACUAAUGACAAACAUGUUUCGCUCAUCAUUGGCGACCGGUUGCCAGCAGUUGCAUCUUCUCAGCCGUCCUUCCCGAUUGACAAGCGCUCGUCGCUUCGCCAAGUCUCCG